UUGUGAGAAUGCCUCAGAUCAUGGCAGAAACGUUUGCAAGAGGGCUGCUAGACAAGAUAAUGGUAGAUGUUCUGGACGUUAUAGAUCGCGACGCGGAGAACGGAAAAUCCUGGAAGCAGCACGUUGAUGAGGAAACAGACAAUACCCAAUCGGAAUUUGUACACAGAUCGCAAGCACACGAACAUACGCACGUAAAUUACAGUAAGGCCGAAGAAAUAGAAUUGAUCGCUAAGAUAGUCCGCGACCUGCACGAUAUACAGAUUGGAGAUUCGCGUUACGUGUUACCGCCUUCAUUGUUGGCAUUAGAGAAACAGAUGAAAUGCGCCGCGUGCAACGUCGACAGUGUGUCGCUCACGAACGCGACAGCUGACGUCGCCGAAACUCGGCACACUACUCAGGGUCAAGGCGACACGCACCAGAUUAUACACGCGAUCCUUGAGCCACCGGUUGAGCUAGCGGAGCCGGUGAAAACGAUCCGAAAGGAGAAGGAAACUGUCAACGAGGCGACCAGCGUGACCAUCGGCCUGCUAUAUCAGCUGAUCGAGGAGCUAGAGAACAAGACAGUUUUAGUUUGCUCGAAGGAUGACGCUUCUUCGUCCAGUAAAGAACGCAUCGCCAUUUGGGAAGAGAAGGAAGAACAACUCAUUAGAACCAUCGAGGAAAACGUUGGCAAUAGGCAAGAAAUUACAAUGGAGACUCUUCGAGAGAGCGAAUCGGCUGGUCGUUUUCGUGUCAUGGAACUGAAACACGAUGAAGAACUGAGAUCUCACUCGAGCCAAUACGUAGCAUCCAUCUCGAGAGAGAUUGACCUCGAUGAAAUUCAGCUCGAAAAACGCGGAUCCAAUUCGCUGUCGUCAUUGAAGCCGCCACACGAUGACAAUGCUGCGGAACAGAUUCUACCCAUCGACGACGUGGAGAAGCGAAAGACGUUCGGUGAAUCGACUAAGAAGAAGAAGAAGAGGGGCUUAGGCAGCAGAUUGAGGAAACUCCUUCGCGCAGCUUUUGGUCGUCGAAAGAAUUGAUGCGAAUAUCCGGAAGGAAUGUUACCUCGCGAUCUACGUUAGAUACAUGACGACGACCCCCGUUCGUGGAACGAACUUUUUAAUCGCGUGCUUCUAAAAGGGAAUCAUAUCGUUCGUUCGCGUAUCCGGAGAAUAAAAAUAACUGUGUAGUCACCGAUUGAUCUCCGUAACUUCGGCAUCCUUUACGACUUUAGACGCGACGCGUGAAUCCGAUGAUUCUGUACAUUCCUAGAUGUUAAUCGCGCAAACAUUGUACGAACGCGCAAAAUUUUAUAAAAAAUAUAAAUAUAAAAAAUAAUACUAUAUAAAAAAAUAAAACAUAAAACAAUAAAACGUAAAUGUAACCAUCAUAUUGUCCAAUAAUCAUAUUGUGUAUCAUGUUCUUGCGGUAGCUUAACAAAUUUAGCGGAGAACAUUAGGGAACGCGAUAGCGCUACUUAGAGCCUGAUGCUGCGUCUAAGGCCGAGUGUAUUUUCGCCUGACGUGUUCACCGGAGGCUGCAGAUCUGGCAACCCUGACAUAAGAAUGUCGUCGACGACGUCGAAAU